GAUUCAGUUCAUAGUAGCGCUUCAGCGCCAGUUGAACGUUGAAGUUCGGUAAAUCAGGAUUGCCUUGUUCUUCAAGUUCAUUAGUCUCCUUGGAAGUGAGAGUACUAUCGUUGGUGAAUCAGUGUUGGCACACGUCGUCCACUCCUCGUUGGUCUUUUUUGAAUUUUUUAGCUGAACGACCUGUUCUCUGUAUCAUCUCUUCCUACAUCAUGGAUAUUCUCAAAGGAAUAAUAGCUUUUUUCUGCGGGUCGUCCCCCACUAGUAAGCCUGAGCGACCCCAGGAACACAGGCAUGAGCAUCAGCAACCACACAAGCAGCAUGUGGCACCGAUUUCGGUCAGGCCUGAACCGAGCCACCCAGUGCGAGUGAAACCCGAGCCCCAUCGCGUCCAAGUUCCGCAUAAACCCCGUACUGAAGGCUUUGUGGAUCAGAAUCAGAUUAACCAGCAAAAUGUGCACUAUACCACCCUCCGCGCCCGGGCCAACGAAGAAGGAGAUCAGAUGGCGGAGUGUUUCCAAGAAUCUCACGAGGCGUAUGGCCGACGCGACGGAGCUUUGGCAAAGCAACUAUCUGAGAAAGGGAAGGCCCACAAGCGGAAUAUGGAAAGAUUAAAUGGUGAAGCCAGCGAAUGGAUAUUCAAGGAGAACAACCUUGACAGCAAACCUGGAGAAGUUGACCUUCAUGGGUUAUAUGUCAAGGAAGCUAUUUCGUUUACCGACAGGACUAUCCAACAAGCUCGCCGAGGCGGCGACUCACACAUACGCCUUAUUGUUGGGAAAGGUUUGCAUUCCCCCCAACAAGUUGCUAAGAUUAAACCUGCGAUGGAGGAAUUGAUUCAGAAGCAUCAUCUCCUCGCCGAAGUGGAUCCGAAUAAUUCAGGAGUAUUGAUUGUGUAUCUCGACACUCAACAACGUCGGGUCGAAACACAUGGCACAAUCAUUGGGACAGACGACAUCGCACGACGACUACAAGACAAAGACUCCGGAUGUACUAUCAUGUAAUUUUGACUUGUUAUACCCUACUUUUGUGUACUGUAGUAUACUGUGUAUCAAAGUCCAUCAUGAACCCUGUACAAAAAACUUCUUGCUUUCUUGCGCAUUCUUAUCAUUUUGACACGUUAGCAGUCUCUUUUACAAAUGUCUACCAGAUACGUCUCUGCGUGAUGUCUAGUCUCUGGGAGUUCGUGUCAACUACUGUACCAUUUUUUGCAACUCUAUAACUAUUUAUACGGCGACAAAAA